AUGCAAAGAUUGCCCUCCACAGCUAAGGACUUGUCUCGUAAAAUCUUGCACCACCACCACCACCUCCUUCUUCACAAACCCAGCAUUAGACCACUACCCUGUGAUGUUUUCAUUAAUCAUAGAGGAAUUGAUACCAAGAGAACCAUUGCAGGAUUGCUCUUUGACCAUCUUUCAAGACUCGGCCUUAACCCUUUCUUGGAUAGCAAGAACAUGAAACCUGGUGAUAGGUUGUUUGACAAGAUUGAUUCAGCUAUCGGCGAGUGCAAGAUUGGCGUUGCUGUUCUUUCCCCUCGUUAUUGCGAUUCUUAUUUUUGCCUCCACGAGUUGGCUUUGAUAAUGGAAACGAAAAAACGAGUUAUUCCCAUUUUUUGCGACGUGAAACCUUCUCAGCUUCGAGUUAAGGACAACGGAACCUGCCUUCCCCAGGAGCUUCAAAGAUUUACAAAUGCUCUUGAAGAGGCAAAGUACACGGUGGGACUUACAUUUGAUUCUCAUAAAGGGGACUGGUCGGAGUUCUUGUCGACGGCGACCGAUGCAAUUGUAAAAAACUUGAUUGAAGUGGCCGGAGAAGAAGCUCGCACGAACGGAAUAAAGAUGAGAAGCUUGUCUUUUUCCAGAGCGAUAAACAAACACAAGGAUCUUCAUGAAUAAGGACCAGUGCAAUUAACUUUGAUUAAUUUUUUUAAUUAAUUUUUUG